AGGCCGAGGUCAUCCUGGAGCUGAUGUACAUUUACCUGGAUGAAACAGAGGAAAUGGUGGAGAAACAUCUGGAAAAUGAGAAACUGAAGAUGAUGGCUGCUAAGGCCGAAGCAACUGAUCAGCUCAUGAACAUUUACCUGGAUAACACUGAGGACACCAUGGAGAAACAUCUGGAUUGUGAAGUAAUGAGCACUGCAGAUACUGAGGCUGAAGCCUCUAGACUCAACAUGCAGACUGAUUUGGAUGAAACAGGCACACCUACUGACCAACCUCUGGAUACAGAGGCUGAAGCCUUCAAACAACAACUGCAGAUUCAUGGAGACAAGGCAGACAUCACUGAGCAGCCUCUGGUGAGAUGUGAUGAGAUGAGCACUGCAGAUACUGAGGCUGAAGCCUCUAGACUCAACAUGCAGACUCACUUGGACGAAACAGGCAAACCUACAGACCAAUCUCUGGAUGUGGAAAAGAAGUCUGAUGCUGAAAGAGAGUGGAUGUUUGAUUAUCAACUCAUUAAAAGUUGGGCAGAUUUCAUGGAGGAGACUGAACAAACCAUCAACCAGGCUGCUGAAAUAGAAGCAUUGAAGGACAACUGUGGACACAACAAGUAUAUGGAAAGACAAGAACACAGUCAGAGAAUUUAGGAACCUGUGA